AUAGACAAACUAUAGAGAGAAACACAGCAGAACUGAGUUGCGACCGAGCGAGCGCCUCAGUCGGGGCGUUAACCAUGCGUUCUUAGCGCGAGUUUACAAAGUUUGUUUGCAAUUUAACUGUGUUUUGAAAAAAAAAAAAAAAAAAAAAAUGGCAAGUUGUAACGCGUUUAUAGCCGCGUUUGUGACGUUACUGUUUGUGGCGAGGGGUUCCGAAGCUGUUCGAUGCUAUCAAUGUAGCUCUGAUCAGGAUGGCAAGGGGGAGGACAACUGCGGGGCUUACAAAACAUUUAACACCGAACAAAACAUCGCCAUCGAAUGCAAUAGCGAGGAAUCGCACAUGCCUGGUUCAUUUUGUGUCAAAUUAGUACAGCAGUCGCCAAAGGGUUUCAUAUGGGAUGGAAGAUGGCGUCAAGUGAUUCGACGUUGCGCAUCGAUCUCGAGUACAGGUGUAACAGGUGUGUGCAAUUGGGGGGUUUACGAGAAUGGAAUUUAUUGGGAAGAAUGUUAUUGCUCCGAAGAUUCGUGCAACUCGGCACCAAACGUACAAAUAUCAGCUGCGAUUCUUGGAGUCACCGUAAUAGCAUUGAUCUUCAUUUUGAAAUAGAAUUUGGGGUAUAUUCGAACGUAUACUUUAAAUCUUUAACUCGAUUUGCUUAUUAUGUACCUUUAGCGCUUUUUACCUUUUAGUGAUAGUAUUUUUUACGUAUAAUUACCUCGUAUGUAAUGAUAGAUACUAUCCACAUUCCGUCCAAUGACAUCUUACGAGUACAGAGAGUUUUUUUUUUUCAAAUUUUUAUAUUGCAUAGAUACGUAAGUAUAAGAUUUUAACUGUUUAUAUUAAAAGGACCUGAGCAUAGCUAUUCUUUUAUCGGCAUUAAAUGUCUAUUUAUCUAAUUUAUGAUCUUAGAUCAGAUGAAAAAUGAAAUUUAUACCUCUAUAUUUACCUUCAUGGUAUAUGUCUUUAAUUUAAUAUUACAAAUAAUAUAUUUCUUAUUUCCCACUUACACAUAUUAUAUUUUGAUCAGUAUUGUAACGUAUUCCGUCCACGAAAAUAUGGUGAAAAAAAAGACACAUGAAAAUCAUAUAUUUAUAUAUAC